AUGUCAAUCAACCCAGGCAUAAACAUCUCUAUCGAUCGCGGGGGCACGUUUUGCGAUGUCCUGGUGCAAGUCCCCGGUCGCGAUGACCUUGUGUUCAAGCUGCUGUCGGAAGAUCCGCAGAACUAUCGUGACGCCCCAACAGAGGCGAUCCGAAGAGCACUAGAGGUUAUAGAAGGGCGGCAAAUACCCGUUGGCGAACAGCUAGACGGGUCCCAAAUAGCAUCCUGUCGUAUCGGGACAACCAUCGCGACCAAUGCAUUGCUGGAAGGCAAAGGUCGAGAGUUUGCAUUUGUCACUACAAAAGGCUUCAAAGAUGUCUGCGUUAUUGAUGACCAGACACGACCUAAAUUAUUCGCCUUGAACGUCCGAAAGCCUCCUGCGCUGUAUGCAACUUCGGCAGAAAUUGACGAACGCAUCACCAUCGAGGACUACGAUCUCAAUCCAUUUCCUUUGGACAAGACAGCCGAAAUCACAGAUCCCGCACUGGUACGAACGCCAAGCGGGGAAGUAAUAAGGAUCUUGAAGGCCCUUGAUCCGGUCGAGGUUCGAGAAGUAUUGAGCGGGCUGCAAUCGGCAGGCUAUACGUCGCUGGUUAUUUCCUUCGUGCAUUCAUAUCUGUAUCCUUCUCACGAGGACCAGGUAGCGCAAAUCGCACAAGAUAUGGGCUUUGAAACCGUGGUCAAAGCUUCCGACGUCAGCCCUGUUAUCAAAUUUUUGCAACGCAGCACCUCGGCUUGUUCAGAAGCAUAUCUGUACCCUAUCGUCAAAGAUUAUGUCACGGCAUUCCAGGCCGGCUUUAGUGUACUCCCUCAACGUGUGGAGUUCAUGGGAUCCGACGGAGGCUUGAGGCAAGCUGACAAGUUCCGCGGAAAUGAAGCUCUUCUCAGUGGGCCAGCCGGCGGUGUUGUUGGGAUUGCUCGAACUUGUUUCGAUGCGGCCGAAGGGACCCCUGUUCUCGGAUUCGACAUGGGAGGAACCAGCACAGAUGUUUGUCGCUAUGACGGCAAAUACGAUUAUUUGACCGAGACGACGGUGGCGGGUCGAAAGAUUACAGCGCCGAUGUUGAAUAUCGCGACUGUCGCGGCCGGCGGAGGUUCGAUGUUGUUUGCUCGUCAUGGACUGUUUGUUGUUGGACCUGAGAGCGCGGGAGCUCACCCGGGUCCUGCAUGCUACCGAAAGGGAGGACCUCUCACCGUGACAGACGCAAAUUUGUUUCUGGGAAGACUGGUCCGCUCUUCUUUUCCAGCUAUCUUCGGUCCGAAUGCAGACCAACACCUGGAUCUCGAUAUCACCAAGCAAAAAUUCCAUGAUAUCACUCGCGAGAUCAAUGAACAAACUGGGCAAACUCUUACCGCAGAACAGGUCGCUUUCGGGUUUCUUGAUGUCGCAAACGAGACCAUGACCCGACCAAUGCGCAAUGCAACAGAAGUACGGGGGUUCGCACCGAGCAGCCAUACUUUGGUCAGUUUUGGGGGCGCUGGUGGUCAACAUGCUUGUUCCAUUGCCAACAAACUCGGCAUCACACGGAUUCUCAUCCACAAACACUCUUCACUGCUAUCAGCUGUCGGCAUUUCUCAGGCGGACCUGCAGGUUGAGAACACAGUUCCCUUCGUUGGUUUCUUUGAUUUCGAAGUGAUAGAUGACAUUCGAGUCCAGAUUGACAAACUCAAGUCCCAAGUUGAAUCCGCGCUCUUAUCGCAGGGUGCGGAUCCGUCUACUGUUGUUUUCGAGGAAUCUCUCAGUUUGAGAUACGCAGGCACAGAUACGAACAUUGCCAUCCCGAAACCAGAAGGUGAGGAUUAUGGAGCGUCCUUUAUAGCCACGCAUCUACGAGAGUUUGCUUUUGUCCUCGAAAGGAAAAUACACAUCGACUCGAUCAAGGUCCGUGGUGUUGGGCGAAGUGGUGUUCCUACGGAGACAGCAUCCCCAUAUGCCACGCUAGAAGAAAUCAAAUCUCGCAAAGACUACCUGCAGUCUGAUCAGACGCAGCCUGUAUUUUUCGAGACAAAGUGGCACGACGUUCCAAUCAUUGAGCUUGGCUCAUUCAAACGCACCGGUCAGGUGCAAGGUCCUGCCCUGCUGAUCGAUGCAACCCAGACGAUCUUCGUGGAGCCUAGUUUCGAUGCCUACCUCCUCCCGAAUCAUUUAGUACUCGAAAAGUCGCAGACUGGCAUUUCAAAUACCGAAAUGUCUCAUUCUUCUGGAACUGUCGACCCGAUCCAGCUUUCUAUUCUUUCUCAUCGGUUCAUGGCAAUUGCCGAGCAGAUGGGCCACACACUGCAGCGCACGUCUAUUUCGACCAGCAUCAAAGAGCGUCUGGACUUUUCUUGUGCUAUAUUUUCACGAGAGGGAAAGCUAGUGGCCAACGCCCCACAUAUCCCCAUCCAUCUUGGAAGCAUGCAAUAUGCAAUCCAAUAUCAGCACCGACUAUGGGAAGGAAAAUUAAAGCCCGGCGACGUUCUUCUCAGCAAUCACCCUGAAUGUGGUGGAACACAUCUUCCGGAUCUGACUAUCAUCACCCCGGUCUUCGUCGAUGACGAGUCCACUGUUGCUUUCUACGUCGCGGCUCGGGGUCACCACACCGACAUCGGCGGCCAAGGAAUCACAUCUAUGAUGCCAGACUCCAAGGAGCUAUGGCAAGAAGGUUUCAACGUUCGCUCGAUGAAAAUAGUCGACAAUGGCGUCUUCCUGGAAAGCGAUGUGCGAAACGCUUUCUUGGCUGCGGGUGAUCUCCCAGGCUGCAGUCCGACUCGCCGAUUGGAUGAUAACAUAUCCGACAUCAAGGCUCAAAUCUCGGCCAACCAGCGUGGUAUCAUUCUUCUGCAGAAGAUGUGUGCCGAAUUCAGUUUCGCUUUUGUGCACCGUUACAUGAAUGCCAUCCAGAUGAAUUCAGAAACGGCAGUCAGAGAAUACCUCAAGAAUGUUUCCCGAACCAGGACCAUGCCCUUGACAGCCAGCGACCAUUUCGAUGACGGCACUGUUCUCAAAGUUUCAAUCUCAAUCGACGAAGCGGGAGGAGCAGUAUUUGACUUCGCAGGAACUGGUCCUCAAAUGUGGGGAAAUUAUAAUUGCCCAAUAUCCAUCACCCAUUCAGCCGUCAUCUACAGUAUCAGGUGUCUGCUCGAUGCAGAUAUCCCUCUAAAUGAUGGCUGUCUAUCGCCAAUAGACAUCCGCAUCCCCAAAGGAUCAAUUCUACGACCCAGUGCUUCCGUGGCCAUAUGUGGUAGUACCUUGGCAAGCCAGCGCGUUAUCGAUACAAUUUUGCGAGCAUUCGAGUGCUGCGCAGCGUUCUCUGGUUGUGCAAACAGCUUCGGUUGGGGUAUGGGAGGCAGAGAUCCCACCACUGGGAUCAUUGAACCCGGAUGGAAUUAUGGCGAAACCGUAGGGGGCGGUUGUGGUGCCGGUCCCAGCUGGCAUGGAGAACAUGCCGUACAGCCCCAUUCGACGAAUACAAAGAUUACAGAUGCAGAGGUCGUUGAAAAGAGAACUCCUGUCAUCAUUCGCAGACACGCAAUCAAUCCCAAUACCGGUGGAGGUGGCCGGUAUAAAGGGGGUAACGGUGCGGUCCGUGAGAUUGAGGCUAGAAUUCCGCUCAAAUUCAGCAUUCUCAGUGACCGACGAGUCUUUGCUCCCUAUGGAAUGAGCCGUGGUCAACCUGGUUCUGUGGGAAAGAACUAUGCGUUCAAGUGGAAUGAUGAUAAGACUGCCUUGGAGAGACUUUCCCUGGGUGGUAAAGCCGCUCUCGCCCUUCAGGCUGGGGAAAUGAUGCAAAUAAACAGUCCUGGUGGAGGAGGAUGGGGCGCUUCUGGGUGUUAA